UGCGGCCAGUAUAGCGUCGUCUAUUUUUAGAAGGUACGCGAUGACGUUAUCUGUUGCUGUUCACCUGCGCCGUGGGCACGCUUGCUUAUAGAUGGAGCUUUUUCUGCCCUAAUGGUCAUUUGAUCGCUCUGGAUGGCUUUAUGAUCCGCACCCAAAAAGCUGUACGGAUAAGACAAGCUGCGAUAUUACCGGGGCAACUCUCUUUUGACAGCACGGCUGAAAUUUCGUACGGGAAGGCGGGAACGGGAUACAUCCGAGACCGCCCCACGCGGACUGGGGUCUCGGCCAAUCCGGCACCCGACAGCGGGACGUGCCCGGGACUGCCCGCUCCAUUUGAAUACCAUGGACGAAGGAGGCGACACGUAUUUAAAGGGACACGCAGGUGACUUCAGGUGUCGACGUCCAGCUUGGCUACGGGAAGGUCGCGCUGCCACCAAACGUCGCUUUCUCCGGGAAAGACUUUCGGGGCUGCCGAGGGAAGACUGGUGUCAGCUAGGCCCGACCGCAGACGAUAUCCAGGCGGAGAUAAGUGCCUUCUCUCUUCUAGACAUUUAAGCGACAUUUACGUGCACACGGGACAGUCGUCCAGCCGCCAGAGGACAUUAGAGUAGUUCAGUUCAUGUAGCGUACAUUAAGCAAUUACAAGAGAAGCCGACAGGACUGACUAGAAAUACGAUCAGCAGCAAGGCGCAGCCCUACUACAGAUGUCGGAACACGUCUGAGUACGUUACAAUCACCGCGGGUGGAGACAUUUCAACUUUGUCAACACCUUUCUAUCUCUGACAACGUUACGCUACUCUCAACUUUAUAGUACCCUGGGAAUCGAACUCGUAACCUUCAGCAAAACAUAAAAAUAUCAGAAGAGCCCUUCAGCGACCGCAAAACAAGGGUUGUCAAAUUAUGGCGCCAACCCGAGUAGAACCUGUCUGAUGACAUAUUGCGGUGACCCCUAUCAGGCACAGUCAAGAACAUCCAUACGGUUAUCAAGAGACGUCGUGCUGUUUUUCUUACAAUUUCAUUUUGGAUCGAGCUGAUAUUCUCAGUUCGUGCAGAAGCGAAGCUGCGAAGGUGAGCGGAGACGAAAGUUCGAGGUACAGGUCAAGCUGGGGGCAAUUAUAUGUUGCAUUGACUGUGUCCGAUCCCCCACUGCGACCCUCGGUGUACAGGUGGACACCAGCCACCGGCCUCACAGUUCUCAAACCUGACGACAAGCCGCCGGCCAGUUUUCGUCAGGACCGAAAUAUUGCCCCGUUGUCAAGGAAACGAGGCGUUAUCGUGCGAUAACGUCUUCAAGACUCCGAACUGAUAGGACAACACGGCAAGACGUCUCAGAACUUUCACUCAGAAGGUAAACAAGAGGAUAUUUUCGUGUACGUCUCCAACCAGAGUGGAGAAGUCAGAUAUGAAUGGGGGACGUCAAUAGACUUUCAAGUCUGCACGUUGUUGGAUGACGUAAUGUUUUUAUGGGCAUGACAAACAUUUUAAGAAGUAAGUCGGCGUAACAGACAAGACGGGACGCUCACAAAUCGUCUCGUAGUAAAGCGUACUGUUUAGAAGGUGACGCGACGAAAAAGGAACGACUCGAGUGGAGUUCGUCCAAUCGCGGGGAGGGGGAAGUAGCGGAAGUCCACACGUGACUGUAUUUUUGUGAGAAGCAUUGUCACUUGUACGACAGGCAAGACGCCGGGUGUAGGCGACAGGCGAGCGGACCCCGGCGCCGGGACAGGUACGGGGUCUCCUCGACGGGGGAUGGCUCACAACGGGGCCGCCGGGGAAGCUGGGACCAGUUCUCCCGAAGGAGCAGCCGGCGGGCAGGCGGUGCAAGAGCAGGCGGUCGGCUUCCAUGCCAUCAACGACGGCAACGACCUGACAACGGCCGCGGCAGCGGGCGACCUGGUCGAGGUACAGCGACUCCUGGAAGUAGGGGUCGACGUUAACGCUCAAAACCAGCAGGGCAGGACUGCCAUACAGGUGAUGCAGUUCGGACACGAUUUAAUCGUGAAGGAAUUACUGGAGAACGGCGCCGACCCGAACGUUCGCGACCCGGGUAGGAAAGGACAGUACCCCGUCCACGACGCGGCGCGGGGCGGCUGGGAUGAAGCCUUGAAGCUCCUGUUCGACUACCACGCCGAGUUGGACGUCAAGGACGACGAAGACAUGACUCCGGCACACUUUGCCGCCAAAAAGGGUCACGUCAGAAUUCUAGAAUUCUUGCGUGCCAAAAGUGCGGACCUGUGGGCGAAAAACAGGCAGGGACAGACGCCGCGAGACCUCGCGAGAAUCCACGGGAGGACGGACGUGACGGCGUGGUUUCGAGGCAGCUUUCCGGAGCAGCACACCGAACAGCAAGGACAAUGACGUCACGGGACCGUUAGAACUCUUGUGAGUUUCUCAUUAGGCCACAGCAAGUAAUUUUUAUGGAUGACAUCAGCGCGCGCAUUAAUUUUCGCCUGAUUUUGGAAAAAAACGAGAAAUUUUGUUGCGUUUUGGCAGUGGCCAACAUGCCUAAAAUCAUAUCAAAAAUGGGCAAAAAUGUCUGUUGCCAUGCCGGAAGGUGGAUGGCAGAUAACUAUAAAGAGAGGAGACAAGAAAAGGCUCUGAUUUAAUGUUGUGUUUCUUACUUUGAAGCAGUGAUAUGUGAUGCUGGCUGUGUAAAUGUGAUGUUCCUACUAAACCAAAACCAUUUGUACAAUGAUUUCAAAUUGUAAGACCCUUGUUUUUUCGGCCCGCCUUGGUUUUUUUUUUUCGCGCGGUCGCAUUAGAUUUGGAAUCUGCGUAGAAUGUCAUCCAUAAAAUUUACUUGCUGUGACCUUACCUGAUUUUUUUCACCAAUUUCUCGCCAACCAAGGGAGGCGGCAUGACCGCUAUGUCGUGUCCCAGUUGGACCUGACAUGAAGCGGCCUAACCUAAGGGAGGCCAUGCCCUCCCCAAUUACAAACACAUAAUGUCGUUCACGGCUCAACGAAUAGUAAUCACAUGUGAUUGGAGAGAUCUCCAACAGUUGGCAAUAUCAUACAUUUCAAAUACUACUAACGUUGAGCCACAUGUCUGGUGACCCCUUUGCAGACGACAGUUGGACUUAACAGGGUAAAAUUGAAUAUCUGUAACCGUCAACACGUGCCUUAGGCCAUGCUGAUUUAAUUAUAUGGAUGACAUCCACGCGCGCAUGAAUUUUCGGCCGCCCCCCCCAAAAAAAAAUUCAACCAUACUGUAAAUCGUACACAACGGUUGUGCAAAAUGAGCAAAUAUUUGCAAAGUUGCAAAAAAUAUUUAAAAACGAUACCAAUGUCGUAGGAUGCCAAAAUCAAACAAACUAACGUGUAAAGAAAUGAAUUUGAAGAGUAGAUAAUUCACUAAACCAUAGUCUUUGUCAUUUUUUCAACCAUCAUGACCACGUAGAUUUAAUAAUGAAAGCAACUUUUUUUUUUUGCAAAACUUUUUUUUUAUUCGCACGCUCGCAUCAGUUUUGGGGUUCCCAGAGGAUGUCAUCCAUAUAAUCAAAUCAACAUGGCCUUACUAGUACUGCAUUUGUAUUAUCAUCGUACUAUUAAAAAAGGACAAUACAAAAUGAUCGUUGCCAUGCCCGGCAAACGAUGGUCAUAGGGACGUCCAAAAUAGCCUUGUGAGUUCAACUGGCCGUCUUCUUUGGUCCAGCCAUUUUACAAAAAGGACUUCGACAGAAUUUUUACAUAAGUAAGAUAAAAAAAACAAUGACUGCUGCUUUCAGUGAUACUGCCAAACUAGCAUACGAAAUUAUUGUACAAUCGGAGGCUAUAAUAGUGAUAUAAUACAUAGUCACUACCGAAUGACGCUGUUUAGUUUACAUCCAAUUUUGUUUUUCUCGUACUUGACUUGUGUAGAACCAGGCUUGGAAGCUCGGCAUUGAAGGGAAAUACGUCGUCAGGAAAAAAAAGUCGAUAAGAGUUGAAAAAUUUUGGUCUGGAACGUUUAGCCUUCAAAUCAGUGGGUCCUAGAGCCGGUAUCAGGGCUUGGGAGAGGGAACGGGGGUCUCUUUGGUUCAGGUCAGCCAGUGUCGGGUUGCAGACCGACGCUACUCUCUUGUAAAGGCAUCAGAUAAAAGCGACACAGAGAGCAUGGCUCACUCUCGACUUGACGCCAGUGUCAUAUUUGAAGCUGUCAGGACGAGGGCUCUUCUGGUCUCAAUAUGGAUUAAGUACCGUUGAUUGCUUGGUACAGUGUGGGAUAUGUCAACAAUCUAAUCGGUGUUGUGGCACAGGGCUAGACAAGAGUUCAGGACUAGUGCGCGGCUAAUUCUUCCCCCACUUCUCCACAGUAGCAGGCGUAUCAGUGUGAGAAAUCGGGCUGAAAGCGUCUCAACAAGAGAAGCCACACGCCUUAUUUGGACAUGGUUCCCGGCGUCUUCAUUAGCGUGUGUUUAAAGGACUGAACAAACGCGCAGUUCACAAACAAAAGGAAACAAGUUGUGUCGUGCGAGUCACAGACAAACAAACCAAAUGUACCGGUAGUUUGGGAGCUCUGGCGGGUGUAACAGCCGUGAGAGUUGUAUCAACAGGAGGGAACACGUUAGUGUAAGACGCUGGAGUGUUGUUUUGGGAAAGUCGGCCCACAUCUGUUCAGAAGGCAGACAGGUAGGGGGCUGUGAGUGACAGGGGGUGGGGAGGGUCGUGCGCCCGACACGUGUCCGGCUACUCACACCCGCUGGUAGCUGUAAACCGAGCCCGGCCGGCCAGACGGCGGUCCCGCCUGCCCACGCGUCCUGUGGGCCGCCCUGGCCGGAGUUCGUGGCUUCCCUUAGCAACCGCCUCAUCCCCCCUGCUCCUCUCACGGCGUGGAACAACACGCGGUCUUCACGUUUAUUCGCUUUUUCAGACGUUUGUCGUUCAAACACGAGCGACACUGUACAAAACCAGAGCCCGAAAGAAGAGCCUAACCCCCGACUCCGUAACGAAAGAGCAGGGGGGGUCUUAACAGGUUCAAAGGACCGUAAAAAGGUCAAUCAUGUGGCGACAAAGUAAACUUUUCUCAAGUCGUGUCGGCGUGGCGUGUGGCAGACGUGUGUGCGGGCAGGCUCGGGUCAGGUUACCGUACAGACUUCUCCCCAAACCUGUUUAUCGGCUGGCCUGACCCUCCUGCCCCUGUUUGUAAACUCUGCCGCUCUCCUGGUCGAGAACCCUUUUUGUCUGAAUUAACAACAGAAAAACAAAGUUCAGGAGUGCACUUCUCUGUCUGGACCCGUGUCGUGACGCUCUAGAUCAGGACUCUGAUAUCUAACCAUUCACGGUUACCCUUUCAUCAAAUGAAGGCCUGCUUUUCAAACAGCUUUCGUCAUUGGCCAAUGACGUCGAGCUUCCAAGCCUGUUUCUCGUGUUACACGCGGAAAGUACCAGUUUCCGCAGCGCAGGUCAAGUUCACCAACACAAACGUGUCGCAAACGGACAGUAUCAGCCAUGUCAGCUACAAGGACCUGUAGUGUUCAAACAUCCUACUUGUUUGGCAGUUAACGGCCAAAUUUUAAAAGGCGGUUUGACUUUUGGCAUUAGUCAAAGUCAGAUCUUUUUAAGAUAGACUUGUUAUAUAUAGUAUAUCACCUCUGCUGGCAGAUCGUAGCUAAUCGUAUAGAAUCGUAGGUCUAAGACACGACAACUUACAGUUAAAAGGUUACACUCCUUGAAACUGUAGGACAAUUUCUUCACAAUUAUAGCCAAAUUACUACAUUUAUACACAAAGGUCUUCUCAAAGAAGCAUUGUACAAGUAAAGGUCAGUUUUACAGACGGUUUACUGAAUUUGAGAUGUAAUUUACAAGUAAGAGGGGGCGAGUAGCUCGGGCACGGAUAUCGUAUGGCGCACGAACCGGAAUAAUAUUUUGCCUACCGCCCACAAAGCACUGCGUAUUAAGUUAUCAUCCGGCAUUGAAAGGUUUCAGACCUCGAAAAAUCGAAUUAGGCACGCUCUAAUAAAAAGACUGACACCGUGAGUUAUGGGACAGCCGUCUCAGUUUGAGGUAAAAUGGCUGGUCUAUGGGCCUUAAUUGAAACUUGAUGGACUACAAAGUGCGAGGCGGGACGCCGUAUUUGUUUAUGUAGUCUCUUAACAAUUACGGACGUGUUCUACCGGGGCAUUUAUACUCGUUACGGUCCGCUAUACCUACAUGGCUCCGGGCUUUUAGGCUACUUUGACAGGAAGCUAGGCAGUUGCUAAUUUUUCUUGAUCUGGAAACUUUUUUGGUCACCAGCAGUGGAAAGGGACACGGUCGCCUAACCAAUUCAAAAGUUAAGAAAUCGUGAUGAUGAAUUGAUGAUACGUUAGCAACUAGAUACACAAGUGGUCAACGAGGUUUUUUUUGGGGGGGGGGCAUGGCAGAAGCUGCAAAUUUGUCAGAACAGUAACUAAUGAAACAUUAAAAUGUUUGACAAAAGAGCCUUUAUGUCAGACGAAUUAAGUAGAAAAUGGAGUUAGUGCCGUAUCCAAUUGUUUCGUCAUUGCCUGUACUGCAGGUGCUUUCGGUCAAACCACCAUAUGGUGCCCCCCUCCCCCCCAACAAAACAGUUACCGUUUAGUCUUUCUUUUGAAAUACAAGGAGACCAAGAUACAAAUCAAGAGUAAAAUCUACAAGAUACACAUCUACAAGCACAAAUAUCUUUUCGACACACAAUUUCGCCCUCUUACCAUAAACACUGAAGUGAACUGUCUUUUAUUCACCACCGUGUGGUUUUAUCGUUCUCAAUUCAAAACGAAGACAAUGCUUCUCUGUGUAGAAAUACAAAACUUGAGCAACAUCACUGAUUCUGCACACACAUCCUAAGUGCAGUUACAAUAGGAAUUCUCAUGCUGUUUUCGUAAGAAUACACUUACUUGAUAGAAGAAUCCAUUCCCUAUAGGAGGGGUGUUAUUCCAAGGAGGUUAAAAUCAACUGAUUUAACCUCAUUGACUAUCCUAAAUGCUGAAUUUGAAAAAAAAAUAUUGCUAUGUUUGGGACGAACCAACCUUUGCUGGGGAAAAUAAUGGUUUUAUGGCACAAAAUUUCAAACUUUUUCUGGUAAAAUCUAGGAACGGCGCUUUCUCUAAGAGUGCGGUCCUCUAAAAAGCACCUCCGACAAAUAAUGGUUCGUCCCUUGAUAGAAGUUGAAUAUUCGUACAUGUAGAACAAUGGAUAUGUAAUAAGGAAAUCAAAAUGUAUGUUAGUUCUUUAUCAAAAUACAUCCAUUUCAUUCAUGAUAAUCGCUGCUUUGUUUAUAAAUCGUUGAAAUUAUGGCAGUUCGGCAAUAUGUACAGUUUCUCGUUCUUUGUUGCACUCUUUAUAUCUUGUUUAAGUUCAUUGUCGUUUUUUACGACACCGUAAUAAUGUAUGUUACACCAAGCAUGCUAGACAAUUUCUUUAUUUAUAACUAUGCUCUUAAACUACAACUGUACAUACCGUUCUUAUUCACUAUUACUUGUAAUGUUCUGUACGAUAGUUCAACAGAAAAUGUACAAAUGCGCCAUGUUUCGUCAUAAUUCAAAGACGUAUAUUAAUAAAUUAUUGAAUUAGA